GUCAUGGCUGUGCAAGUCUCCGGAUUUCCGCGAGGCACACAUCUGCGCAGGAGACUCUCGGCGAACUUGUGUUGGACCGAAAUUUUCCAACUUUUUCUUCAUUAUCCAUUUAUGUAGAAGAAUAUUAAAGAUUUUUGAGGACGGAUUUCCACCGCUCUUUUAUUUAGUGCUGCUUCACUGAGACGACUUACCAAAGGCAAGUAAGCCGCCCCGCCCGAGCCAUUAUACUGAUACGGGUCAACCAGUCGUUGCACUAUCCCCUUCAUGUUGAACGCCAAGCGAGGAAGUUACAACUCGUGACAAGAGUACUGGGCGGUGAAAACAAACUAAAUUUAACCCAGGACUGACCAGUGGUAAAAAAAAUGAGUGUCCAGUUCCUGGUUCUAUCAGAUAACACUGAAGUUGAUGUCUCUAGCGUCUUGGCCGCAGGGAGCAAAGAUUUUAAUGUGGAAGGGAACCAAAAACUACUGAUUCUGUCUGAGGCCAGCACUCGUCUCGGAGAGUUCACAAAUGGCAGUGCCCAGCAGAACCUCAUGGUCUUAUCAGAAGCCAGCUCGCAAACUGGAGAGCCGGGCCAGCAAAUCAUAUUUGCAGAUUCGACGGAAGAAGUCAGGGCUGAAGAGCUGGUGUAUGAGGAUUCUGUGGCUGCAGAAAUAAUUGCUCAGACUACAUCUAAUGGAGAAGUGAUACCGACAGAGGCGAGCAAGACACGCAAGACGCCUAAGCGGCGAAACCAGCAGAAUCGCAGCUAUGUCUGUGAUGUCUGCAGAAAGAGUUUCCCGACUGCCAGCAACUUGAAGCGCCAUUACAGAAUUCAUACAGGGGAGCGGCCAUUCCAAUGCAAGAUUUGCAACAAGUCAUAUGCCCAGGUGGAUCAUCUUAAGCGUCAUAUGGGGAUACACUCUGAUGAACACGCAUUUAAGUGUAGCUUCUGCUUCAAGACAUACAAAGAGAAGCAUCGUUACAUCAUCCACAUGCGUUCUCACACUGGAGAACGCCCGUUCGAGUGCAGCAUUUGCAAGAAGUCGUUCACAUACAAAGUCGGCUUGGAGAAGCACAAGAAAGUACACACAGGUGUGCGAAAUCAUGAAUGCCUGUACUGCCUGAAGAAAUUUACUGAGUCGCAAGCGCUGCGCGUGCAUAUUCGCAUUCACACGGGAGAACGUCCUUACAUCUGUAAGUUUUGCGAUAAAGGCUUCAGCGUGAAGAAAGCGCUUCGGAAUCAUGUUCGUAUUCACACUGGAGAACGGCCGUUCACGUGUAAUCUUUGUUUGCGAAAGUUCAUCAGUAAAAGUAGCCUGAACAACCACGAGAAAACCCAUUCUGAGAUUCACAGCUUCCAGUGCAAGUUCUGUGGGAGGACGUUUGCCCAGAAAGGUGGGCUUCGCGCCCAUGUCAAAACGCACCUCAAGUUGAAGCCAUUCCGUUGUGAAAUCUGCAUGAAACAGUUCAGCCGUAAAAUUAACUACAACAUUCACAUGAAGUCGCACGAUGGCAUGAACAUGGAGUGUGGGGAGUGCGGCAAAAAGUUUCAAGUGUUCGAGGACUUGAAGCUCCAUGCUAAACAUCAGCACGAGAAUGGUGAAGAUUCUAUCGAGGAGGGGCCUACAGAAGUUGUUCUCGAUUCCGCCUUGGCAACUUUAGCGAGAGCUACGGAGCUUGUCCAAGUGUCUUCUGUCAUUGAUGAGGAUGAAGUUGAUCCCGAUUUCCCAGAUCGUGAAAAUAGCUUCUUGUUAAUGAAAGUCCUUGCUAUGAACCGUCCCCCAAAACGUCAGAGAAGACAUUCUGUAUUUGAGUGUAUACAGAAACUGGUGACACUGUCUGAAGUAAGCAGCAUGCAGGAAGAACUUCCCACAGACGGUGCUCCUGAAAGCAAAGCCAGCAAGGGACAGUUCCAGUGUAGCCAUUGUGUCAAGUCCUUUGUCCUCCUGAAAUCCCUGAAAAGACACAAGAAAAAAGCUCACCCUGGAAUACCUGAUGACAAGGAAGGCGAUGUCCUCUUGACUGAUGCUGCCAACCGAAGCAGUGAGCAGUGUAUAAUGGUUCAGGAUCUGAUAGUACCCAAGGCUGGCCAAACUCGUGGCAGAUUGUUGGUGAAGGAUGAGGCAUUGGCAGCUAGCCUGGCUGAGGAACUGAAAAGUCUGACGAAAGUAACCACCAGAAAGAAACGAAAGUAUGAGAUUUCAAAGGAGCACGAGUGCCCAGUGUGUUCAAAGAGAUUCGCCACACCGAGUUUGUUGAGAAGACAUCGCGUAGUUCACACUGGAGAAAAACCAUACCAGUGUCAGCAGUGCGGGAAGAAAUAUUCUCAACCGGAGCGUUUGCGGAGACACAUGGGAACCCAUACAGGUAUCAACAUCUUCAAAUGCAAAGUAUGUGGGAAGCAGUUCGAAGAAAAGUGUCGCUACAUUGAUCAUGUUCGCUCUCAUAUAGAGGAGAAACCGUUCGAAUGUGAAAUUUGUGGCAAAGUCUUUGCGUGUAGAGUGGGUCUUUGGAAACACAAGAGCAUUCACAGUGGAGACAAACGGUAUUAUGGAGAAAGCUGUGGGGCUUAUCGCUUUUCUUGCCAGCAGUGUUCUAAACAAUUCAGGUUGAAGCAAGAUCUUAUCCGUCACAAUCGCACACACACAGGUGAGGCUCCAUCGAAACUCUUCCCAUGCCAGUUUUGUGAGAAGAAAUUUUCCAGGAAGGUCCUUCUUGAAACUCAUAUUCGUGGACACACUGGAGAGCGUCCGUUUGUCUGUCAGUACUGUUUAAAACGGUUCGCCUGUAAAAGAUCUAGAGCUUGUCACAUCAAACUUCACAAAUUAGGCAAGGCUCAGCCGUUGGAGGGCUGCGGCCUCGAGGAGACAUCACUAGCCAAAGAGCCCAGCCAUCCACCUGCUGACACACCUCGAUGCCAUUGCAUAGAUUGUGGUGAACAUUUCGAAGAAAAGCAAGCUUUUAUCCAGCACCUAAAGGAUAAACAUAACGUGAUCUACCAAGAAGAUCCGGCAUCAGCCACCACAUGCACAAGUCUAAGUUUUCAGACAAGAGGUGACGGAGUCCCGGAAGGAUUUGGUAGUGAACAGUUUAACAACGUGCAAGACUUCAGGUGUUCUGAGCGGCAUUCAGCUGAAAUACCAAGAACCAUAUCUUUCACUGGGCAUAUUGCGCCUUCUGACAACUAUGCACCACUUUCAUGCUCUGCAGACAGUAUGUUAGUUUGUGCAGACUUAGGGAAUACUACUUACUUGGUAACUAAUUCUGGCCCGAAUGCAAAGCAGUCUUACUCUGUGCCAGUUACAAUGACUGGAGUUUCGGCUGUGAGUGAAAAGUUAGGGGACGCUGCUCACGUGUUAACUAACUCUGCUCACAUGAUAACUAACUCUGCUCAGAAUGAAAAGCAGCCUAACUCCAUUCCAGUGACAAUGACUGGAGCCUUUCCUGUCGGUCAUGAUCCUGGGUUAUUGUCUACAACUACAGGAGAGUACGCAUUGCACUAUGUGCAACCUGUCACGAACGAGUUCACCGAAAAAGACUCAUUCAAGCACUUCCAGCAACAGGAAGGUGUUGUGUAUCAGGACGUAAGACACGGCUCUGCAGAACAACAGUCUUCUGUCGCAUCGUUAUUACCUCAUGUUUCCAGUGUAGAAUCUACUAACAUACAAGUGUCAUCACACGUGCCAUUGUCACAGGUGUAUUUCUGUCAUCCUCCUGAAAGGACCGGAGUGGAACCAGUGCCAAUGCGAGGAAUGUCGAUACAACCUGUAGUUGGCAGUUUGGACCAUGCAGCUUUUCAAGCCCGUGGGCAGAAUGCUUCCGAGUCUUCUCUCUCCAAUCAGAACAACAAAACAUCUGCCAUAACGGUAAGAACAGCUGGCUGUCCCACAGAUGGACACAUGCAGACAAUUGUCACCAGAAACACAUCCAGUGAAACAUUGCAUCAGACAGAGGUACAAUCAAGGGUAACUGAUACUGUGUUGCCGAUUUCAGAGUUUUCUGCUGGCGGUGACUCUGUUCCAGCACAGCCAGCGCCUUGUGCAAUACAGUCGGUGGUAGAAACAGAAACCCCUGUGUUCCCAGCAGUGAUGCAAACCACAUCAGGCAUUGAAGCAGUACCUCCUAAAGCAGUGUUGAAUAUCCCGAUGUCGUAUACAGGAUUAGAUCAUGUGUGUCAAACCACGGUCAUUGCUGCACAAACACAGAUGGGUGUUGAAACAAUAGGGCCACCACGACAACUGAUGGCACAGAGGCAGAUGGUGAUGUCCCCAAACGAAUCGUCAUCUGACUUGGAGUCAUCGCUAGUAGGGUCAGAAAAUGUGAUAACGAUGUUACGCCAAAGUACAGAUAUUACCGUGAACCAAGAUUCGACCAUUUCACAAUUGCAAGUGCCGCCAACGAUAAACCAACCUUCGCAGCCUGUAGAAACGUAUCAGAUUGUCAUUAGUAACGUUUCGAAAGACCAGCCCAUUGAGCUUGUUCAGGAAGAUGUCUCCAGUGUAAAUGCAGACCAAGUCUUCCAACAAGAGAAUGUUAUCACCAUUUCCCAAGAAGUUGCAGGAGAUGGUCGUAACUUGCGGAGCUCCAGUGACUUCGUGUGUGAUAUCAUUACCAGUGAUGAGAAUCAAAGGGGACAGAAUGUGGCUGUGUACGAAGUAGAUCCUGCCCGUGGAACACUACAGAGUAAUGACAAAGUGAACCCUUCACAGCCCACUUCUCAGUCACUGGCCAUGCACACUGGAACGUGUAAGGAAGCAGUGCUAAGUCCAGAAGGCUCCAGGAAUGACCAGUCUCUCACUGGAUACCCAAAAAUCGAGGACCAAAUCAGGAAAACUCUGAACGAUGGCAGUUAUCCAGACAGAACCAGUAGCUUCGCACCAGUUGAGCUUCUCGAAGAAUUCAUGCCAGCUAAACGUCCACGCCGAAAAUCUACUUUCCUGGGGUUAUCGGCGUUCUCUGAUCCGAAUUUCUUUCUCUACUUUUCAGAUGAAGAUCUAGGCGAGAGCAUUGGAUCGCAAGACUCGCCUGGUACGCCUGCUGAAAAGACCACAAGUAUUGUAGUGAAAGACCAACUUGUAGUGGCAAGCAUAGCUUUAGAACUUCAGAAUUUAAAUUCUAAGGGAGGUCGGAAAAGGCCGAAAUAUCAGAGUAAUAGAGUUCACACAUGUUCUACUUGUGGAAAGGAGUUUGCAACUCCUAGUAUACUGAGACGUCACAUGGUGGUCCAUACUGGAGAGAAGCCGCACAAGUGCCCGUUUUGUGACAAAAGCUAUUCACAGAUAGAACAUUUGCGGAGGCAUAAGGGCACUCACACAGGUGAGAACGUCUUCACAUGCGCCGUCUGUAAAAAGCUAUUCGUGGAGAAAACUCGCUAUACGGAUCACAUGAUGGCCCACUUAGAGGAAACCCCAUAUAAGUGUCACAUAUGCCAGAAGGGGUUUUCACACCGCGUGGGCCUUCAGAAGCAUUUGAGGAUCCAUUCUGGAGUGAGGAAUUACGCCUGCGAAGUGUGCAAUAAGCGGUUCUCUGAGAAGCAAACACUUCGGGUGCACCAGCGGAUUCACACUGGCAACCACCCGUUCAAAUGCGAGCAUUGCAAUAAGGGGUUUAGUCGCCAGAAACUGCUGACGACGCAUCUUCGUUGCCACGACCCAACAAAUCGUCCAUAUGCUUGUCAGCUGUGCACUAAGAGGUUCUCCUCAAAGCAGGGGUUCGUGAUUCAUCAAAAGUUACAUGCCGAUAAGGCGAACAAGCCGGUCGAAGACGCAAAUGGGAAAGAUCAACGAGAUCUCGCGAAACCACAACAGAAAACGCUGGAUGGAUCAGCGACGAAGGGUGAUGGACAGUUUGAAUGCCAGUUAUGCUCUCGGAAGUUUGACAGAAAGUGUAGCUUGACUGUACACCAGAAAGCCAUGCACCCAACGAUUAACACAAAAAACCUGACGAUCAAAUGUGGGGAGUGUGGCUUGAACUUCGAAUCGUUACCAGAGGCUCAGAGACAUGUUAGGAUUCACUCGGAUGGUAGAUCUGACCCAAAACCUGACGCUAACAACACCAGCGAAUCGGACAUCAUUGCGGCUGCUGCUUACUCGUUUCCAAAGUUUCCUGUUCAAGGCAGCACCGUAAGCAUUCAAAGUGAAGUUGUGCCAAGUAGCAAUGUUUUACCCCAAGUGAACGACCCCACUUGUAAUGAACAGGUGGUUACUGCGACACCGCUUGUUCAGUCCUUGGCACAUUCGCAGGUAAAUGGAUCUGCCUUUUCCCAGUACUCGGACAUGGGUCGAUAUUCGGUGGCGGUAGAUGUGGCCACGAGUGAAAGCUGUCCCGUCGCCAGCUUGAACACUAAACAGAUAGCAGACCAGAUGGCGUUACUGGAGAGCCUUGAUGUUCGUUCUGGUAAUCUUACUGAGAUGGGCCAGGCCCAGGUAAAUCCUGCUGGACAAGAAGAAUUCACUAUCAAAGACCAGGUAGACGUGACCAAGUCAUCACACGGUAGGGAGCUGAUAGGACAACCCACUAGAGAUUCCAGUGGCGAUGUUUUCACUUGUCCUUCGAUGGAUUUAUCAGUGCAGAACAUGACGUUAUCGGAAGAGGAUGUAAUGAGUGAUGACUGGUCAGCUGAGUUGUCCAAAUGUCCGGCAAUGUCUGGCGUCCACGGCCGCAGUUGGCUGGAGGAUUCUCGGUCCAAAGGCUCCUCCCGUGCCGCAGGAGUGACCCACUGGCCCACGCCCAGUUUUACCCUCAGCACUGACGACGACAUGUCGGCGUGUCCGUCUCAGCAGGCCGCCCAGGAAACCCCAGGGCGUGAGGAAACGCUCGAGGUUCUUCACACUCCUCCACCGGUGGAAACGCCUAAACCCGAAGCCGUUCCUGUGGAUAGGACUUUUUGUUUUUUGGCCUCUGAUAUUUUGAAAGAGUAUCUUCCCAGGAAAAUGAAGAGACGUCGAUCAAUUUAAAAUUACAAAUUAUGCCAGUUGCCACUACAUAGUAUGUUGAAUACGAGGAGGCAUUAGAAAAUUCAUAUAUAGGCCUCGUAUUAAUUUAUUAUGGUAUACUCUUCCUAUGGUCUUUACUUUCAUGUAAAUCGAAUGACACUUUAGAGCGGAUCAGAGAGAGACUUGUGUUCAAUUGUCAAUACAUAUGAUUUAGCAGAAAUUUAGGCUGUGAAGUGGAAUUUUGCUUUACAUCAGCUGUGUCCCAAACACUGUUAGACGUAAACUUACAUAUGAGGUUAGAUGACGGAGCAAACGAAUGGCUUCUGUCUGAAGUACAUUCACCCUUAGUCAAUUACGUUG